AUGUCUCUGUUAAAUAUGAGCACUACUAUUUCUUUAUCCUUGUGUUUCCAAAAUUUGGUAUUUGGUUAUGGUAAUUGGCAAAAGAAGCAAUUAUCACCUGCUCUACAGCUUGAGGAUAAAAUUAAUUCGUUGAUACAACUUCGUGAUUUGGGAUAUAAGCGAUCCUAUAUUGGAUCUACAACUCACAUGCUACCAUCAUCAGUAGAGUUUGAUAAUAAACUUAGUAAAGUAAUGUCUUUACAUGACGUUGAAGAAGGACCAGUGUUAAAUCCGGUAGACCAGUAUGUCUACAAUUAUCUGCACAUAGUAAAGGCAGGUAAAAAGAAAUCACUGUCUCCUGCAGUUGAUGUUGAACAACUUCUGCAACUUCCUCAAAUGCUAGCCGAUGUUGGCCGAUGA